CUUCGGAGUUUCAGAGUGUGCGCCUGCUUCGGGGUUUUUGCCCCCAAAAUAACAGCUUAUCCAAUCUUUGUUCUUGAGGAAAUCAAGGACUGGAAGAUUCUGUUGAAUCCUUCAGCUAGCACUUCUCCGAUCUCUUUUUUUAACCAUGCAAGUUCGAAUAAAAUUCGAAUUUGACUCGUCGACGUCGAGGAGGAUGAAGAGGAAGAGGAAGAGGAAGAGGAAGAGGACGAGGAAGAGGAGUACUGAGCAGGCGACGACUCCGGGCCUCCUGCCAUUUGGACGCGUCCUUCCUCAAUAUUGACCGGUUGGUGUGGUUGGUGAUCAGCAACCGCCUAAAAAUGUCUCGUCCUUGCCUUCUUCCGCAUCCCAUCGGAGACGCGAAGAAGAGGCGAUACCUGGAAAAGCGAUCAUGUCGACGCUGGCCCUUCCCCCCUUCCUCGCUGACCCUCGCCGAGACGCCAUCGAUCUCCACAAAGCCUUCAAAGGAUUUGGUUGUGAUUCUGCUGCUGUUAUAAAUAUUCUUGCUCAUCGUGAUGCAACCCAGCGUGCACUUAUUCAGCAGGAGUACAGAAUCAUGUAUUCUGAUGAGCUUACUAAUCGGUUAUCAUCAGAACUCAGCGGGCACUUUAAGAAAGCAAUGCUUCUUUGGAUUCUUGAUCCAGCUGGAAGGGAUGCAACUGCUCUGAAGCAAGUUCUCAGUGGGGAUAUGGUAGAUCUAAAUGCAGCCACUGAAAUAAUAUGUUCUCGAACACCUUCGCAGAUACAAACAAUCAGACAGAUAUACUAUGCCAAAUUUGGUGUUUAUCUAGAACAUGAUAUUCAUUAUUGCACCUCUGGCGAUCACCAAAAGCUACUGCUGGCAUAUGUUGGACAAGUACGCUAUGAAGGACAUGAAGUUGAUCCUCAUAUGGUAUCAGAAGAUGCAAAGGAUCUAUACAAAGCUGGGGAGAAACGGUUGGGAACAGAUGAAAAGACCUUCAUCCGCAUUUUUAGUGAACGCAGCAGGGCGCAAUUGGCAGCUGUUGCUGCUUGCUAUGAUCAUACCUACAAGAACAAGCUGAAGAAGGCCGUGAAGAGUGAAACAUCUGGACCUUUUGAAUUUGCUCUUCUGACAAUUCUCAGGUGUGCAGAGAAUCCUGCUAAGUAUUUUGCCAAGGUAUUGCGCCAGGCAAUGAAGGGUUUAGGUACAGAUGACAAAACACUUGUGAGGGUUGUGGUUACCAGAACUGAAUUGGACAUGCAAUACAUAAAGGCCGAGUACCAUAAGAAGUACAAGAAACCCCUUCAUGAUGCCAUACAUUCAGAGACAUCAGGUCAUUAUCGGACUUUUCUCCUUGCACUUUUAGGCCCUCACACCUAGUUGAUUUCUGAGUCAGUCUGCAAAACGUGUGAAAGUUAUUUGGCCUAAAAUAUGUUACGACAUUUAAAAUUGUGAUUCAGCUGGGAACACUCCUUAAACACAAUUAAACUUGAUAUUCAAAAGAUGUAUACAAUUUUAUUUCCAUGUAUGUCAAAAUGAUAUAUGUAUU